AUGAAGUGGAGUGUUCUCAUUCUUAUCUACGUGGUCGUGCAGUUUGUCGCGUUCAUGUUUGUGCUGGUGGCCACGCCAAUCGACAUGUUUCGCAUUCGAUCACGUGAUAGUCAAGUCCUCCCCGAUAGGUGCUACACUUUGUGGGGCCUCAAAACGAAUUGCGACAGCUUCUCUUACCAAUUUUUAUCGGAUGAUCUGUGGGAGUCGUGCCCGCCACGUCGCGACCGUUUCCGCGUCGCCCAGGCGUUCGCUGUGAUGUCGAUCUUCGUGUACCUUGCGGCGGUCGUCCUGGGCGUCAUUAUGCUCUUCUGCUGCCGUUACCUCCGCUGGGUCUGCCUGGCGCUGAACUGCUUCGGCGCUGUCACCGUGUGCAUCGUCUGGGCGUGCAUGGCGGUGACGUACAACCGUAAUGAGGGUUUGAAUUGCCUGCCGCUGAAGAGGACACAUAUUUAUGGCGCUGGUUUCGUUCUCCUCGUACUCGCCUGGCUGCUGGAUAUCCUCAACAUCCCCGUCUUGCUGUUCCUGUGCCAGGACAGCGGCUCAGGUGAGAAUGGAAAAGAGACGGAGAACAAGAGUCAGAAGUGA